GAAAAAUACUCAUGAAGAAAGACAAAUGGCGAUGAAAUUGUGUAACAGUGAAUGAGAUUGAGAAAGGUAAAAAGGAAACGAUCUCGUCUAAUCUAAAUUUAGAUAAUUGUUCAUGGCCACAGAAAUAAAAAACAGCACUGUGAAGCCCAAAUCGAGUGCCCCAGAUGGUUCUUCCAAGGGAAAAAAGGAUUCUUCAGCUGUCAAGAAGAGAGUAGAAUCUGCCUCGACAAAAUCUGAGGUUAAAUCCAAAUCGACUUCGUCGUCUUCAGAGACAAGAACGAAGACAACUAUAAAAGUGAGACAGAAGAAAGUCUACACUCUUCACGGGCAGAAACAUGAUCCUCCCGAACAGAAAGAACCGCUGCGGGUUUUCUAUGAAUCAUUGUCAAAACAGAUUCCAACAAGCGAAAUGGCUGAAUUUUGGUUAAUGGAACAUGGUAUGCUGUCUCCAGAAAGUGCUAAGAGAGCAUUUGAGAAGAAGCAAAGGAAACAAAAGGAGCUACGGGCAGCAGCUCCAGUUAAGCCAUCAAAGCCAGAAACUAAAACUGAAACUUCCCAGAAGCAACAACAGGCAUCCAAGAAUGGUGACAUAAAAGCUAAGAAAAAAAUUGUCGAAAGUGAUGAUGAUGAUGAAGAAGAAGAAGAAGAAGAUAAUGAUAAUGAUGAUAAUGAAUUCAUUUUAAGUCAUAAAAGAAGAAAAGGGUAGUAAGAAGAAAAGCUUAUGAAUGGCUAUAGCAGGGUUCCAUAUUGCUUCAGAAAACUUACAUUUAACUUAGAAAAAAUCAAAGAUGUCAAAAAGACAAAAAUAAGGAGAAGAGAUUUGCCACACAACCUAACAAUUGUUAGAUGAAG